AUGCCAUCCGACGCAGGAAGCACCAACUUAUUCCCCGACCCCGCGUACCGUCCGGUUGAGUACGAGCUGGCCACGGACCUCACCCCUGCCCCACCCGUCCUACCAAUUAAAUAUGAUAGCCGCCCAUUCCCCGACCGUUCCGACUCUUCGCACUACAAGCAACGGUUGAUGCUCGCGACAACGAGUGCUGACGCACUCCGGAUGUUCCGCGGGUAG